GUCUCCGUACUGGAAUGUUAGUAGCAUGACGUCACUCGUCUUGCCAACAAGAAACUCUUUGGCAGCAGCAGCAACUGUGCGAGGUUUCAAUCGAAAAGCUAACUUUAAAAAUAAAUACAUUAAAAAAUAAACAAACAAACUAGCACACUACGGUAAAUACAAUCUUCCGAGCUGUAAUGAUAGCGUAUUACAAUCCCGGGACAUCGUGAACUAGGCAAUUACAAACACACCGAAAAGUUACAUGGAUGAAGGCGAAGGUAAAGAGGAGUGCAGGUGUGUAGGAUGUGGAGGAAGGAUUGUAGAUGCAUUCUUCAUCAAAGUCUUCAAUGAAGCUUGGCACAAUUCCUGCUUCCAGUGUUCUGAAUGUAGUGACCAUUUGAUUAACUGGUACUACUCGAAGGAUGGCAAACUCUACUGUCGCAAACAUUACUGGGAAAAAUUUGGGGAGUCCUGCCAUGGCUGCUCCCUGCUCAUGACCGGUCCAGCAAUGGUGGCUGGGGAGUAUAGGUAUCAUCCAGAGUGUUUUGUGUGUUUGAGCUGCAAAGUGAUCAUUGAAGAUGGAGACACAUACGCACUGGUAGAACGCUCCAAACUUUAUUGUGGGAAGUGUCACCACCAGAUUGUCCUGACGCCACUGUAUGAAAAUCUUUCCCUGAAAUUUCCCCAUGAUUCCUUACCCCACACCGUCACGCUCAUCUCAGUCCCUGCUGCCACCGAUGGCGAACGAGGUUUCUCUGUGAAAAUAAUUGAGGAUUGUACCAAAGGCACCUCCAGUGUUCAAGUGAAAGAAGUCAGAGGAAUUCACAUCAGUCCAGAGGUGCGAAAUGCUAUUCACCCAGGAGAUCGGAUCUUGGAGAUCAAUGGGGUCCAAGUACAGACUUUAUUGGAAGAGAAGGUUGAAGAUCUGAUUCGGAUGAAUCAGACAUUACAGCUGUUGAUAGAACACGACCCUGUCCGGCAGAGCUUGGAACGGCUGCAACUGGGAUCAUCUCCAUCACGCCUAAGUGUGCCGGCCCACUCUCGCAUGAGACUUUCCUCUCCCUCCCGCUCAAUCUCUGCACUGGAAAGCGGAGAAAACGUCGACAGUACGCUGAAGAGACGAUCAGUCAGGCGAAGCAGCAGUACUUGUAAAUCACCUGGUCCCUUCUCUCCAAAGGAGCAUCCUGCCCUGUAUCGGGACAUCAGCCGCUCCGAAUCUCUGCGCUCCUCCUCCAGCUGCUCUCACCAGAUAUUCCGGCCAUGUGACCUCAUCCAUGGGGAGGUGCUGGGAAAGGGCUUCUUCGGGCAGGCGAUCAAGGUUACGCACAAAGCUACAGGAGAGGUGAUGGUCAUGAAGGAGUUAAUUCGCUGUGAUGAGGAAACACAAAAUACUUUCUUAAAAGAGGUGAAAGUCAUGCGGUGUUUGGAACACCCCAAUGUCUUGAAAUUUAUUGGAGUUCUGUACAAGGACAAAAAACUGAAUCUAAUAACAGAGUACAUAGAGGGAGGAACUCUAAAGGAUUUCAUCAGAGACAUGGAUCCAUUUCCAUGGGAACAGAGAGUCAGCUUUGCCAAAGGCAUCGCUUCCGGAAUGGCGUACCUGCAUUCAAUGAGCAUCAUCCAUAGAGACCUCAACUCUCACAACUGCCUGGUCAAACUGGACAAAACUGUGGUGGUGGCCGAUUUUGGUCUUUCCCGUCUAAUUGUGCGAGAGAAGAAGGGCAGCCCUCCUCCUGAGAAAUCCACCACAAAGAAAAGAACGUUCGGGAGGGUUGAGCGCAAGAAGCGCUACACUGUGGUGGGGAACCCCUACUGGAUGGCACCAGAGAUGUUGAAUGGUCAAAUCUAUGAUGAGAAAGUAGACAUUUUCUCUUUUGGCAUUGUACUUUGUGAGAUCAUUGGACAAGUCUAUGCUGACCCAGAAUGCUUGCCCAGGACACUAGAUUUUGGACUGAAUGUGGGAAUGUUUUUGAAAAAGUUUGUUCCUAAAGAUUGCCCACCUGCCUUUUUCCCAUUGGCUGUGUCUUGCUGUGAUGUCAUUCCUGAAAACAGACCUGCCUUUGAGGAUCUGGAGGAUUGUUUUGAGGCGCUGGCCCUGAACCUGGAAUUGUGCAUCCCUCUCCCAGCCAAGAUGGGAGAACUGGACCACAGCCUUUACAAACUGCACAGCCCACCCCAGACCCGCCUGCCAGAGAAUGGAAUUUUAGCUGCUGACACCAGCUUGUAACAUGCAGUACAAUACGUUACAGGGAAGCCAGAGAAGUCACCAAUUACAGAUUCUCCCCACUGUGGUCCUCCUGAGUAAAUCAAGUCCUAAGCUGGAUUGAAGAUUUCAUGAAUGAAUCUGUAGUGUAACAGCAUUUCAGCCAAUUAUCAGUAUGACUCCCAUCUCUCUUGCGUGUUAGACAAUGUACAGACGGGAUUAAAACCAUUGGCAAAUUGUAUGUGAAGUGGAAAAGCAGUACUUUUCAUAAAGCCCUUGAUAUUGGAUAUGGUUUUGAUCAAAUGGGACUAGUUUACAGUAUAUGUAAUGCUAAUUUAGUAGCCUUACUAAUAUACAUGACAACUAAAAAUACAUGUUUGCAAGUAUAUUACUAAACUUGAUCUUUUUUGCAGUAUCUGUAUAUUUGGGUGGAAAUGGCUUGAUUCUGUCUAAUUUAUUUCAAGGUCAUUGCAAGCCCUGAACUAAAUGAUUGUGGACAUGUUUGUAAGAUACAAAUGUAUAUAUCUCUAUGUAUUAUACAAAUGCAUGGACAUAUUCAGUUCCUAAUUGGGAAGAGGUGAGAUUAAAACAAUGUUUUCUGUAACAAGCAUAAAGUAAAUGCAUGUAGACUGUGAAAUACUGUAUAAUACAUGUCAAAUGUGCAAAUAUUCUUGUUUUACAAAAAAUGUUGAGGUACUGAUCUCUGCAAGUUGUAACCACUACAAUAUAGAUAAUUUAGUGUUAUCCACCACACUAAAAGAUGUUCAGGAAAUAAAGGGUUAAUACAGGCUGGAACAUCAUUUAGCAUUGUCUGGGGGUUUUUUAAGCUCUUUUGUUUUAGUAUUUUAAAAAGUGAACUUUGAAUGCCAGUGUAUUAAAAAGUCAAACAAAUGAGUGAGGUUUAGGAAUAAGUAAAAUACAUUGUAAUUUCCUUUCUUUUAGACGCGAGACUGCUAGAAUUGGUGCAUUACAAACAAGGGAGAAUGUACUUUUCUGUUGAUUUGGAUCUGCUAGUGAUUUAAGGGACUGUAGUUUUUCUAUAUUUCUAGACCACAAGAGGGCGCAGGUGCUCCACACAUCCAGUACAGUAAACCCUAAGUACACUGCCAUUGAAUGAACACUUUUCCAUUAUUUAUUGUAACUCUUAAAAGGCUACCCUAUGGUAAGUAAAAAGUUUCAGUUUCUUAUACUAUACACUUAAAUAAAAUAAGCAGACAUAUGUGCAUUUUAUUGCUGUGUAUGAUAGAUGUAUAGAUUCGUUUGGCAGUCUGCUGUUUGGAGCGGAUUUCUCUUUCCUAUACCUGUGCACACUGGGCUCGGAGCAUUUUAAAGGUAACAAACAUAA